UGAAGAAAUUUAAGAAAAAUCUUUUACUUUUCAUUAGUCUUGGUUGGUAAGAGUGUUCCUGUUGUCAUUCACUCAUUUGUAAGUAACGGUUCCAGGCAGGGGGGCUUGUGGGCAAAUGUUCCGGGUGGAAACGGCUAGUGAAAAGCGUAACAAAAUCAAAACUUUGCACUAGGAAGGUUAAAAACCUAAAGUUAAUCGUCUUUCAUAGGUCACUUACCAAAACUAGUCCAAAACUUGUCAUUAGUUUAACUUAAUCCAGUAAUUUAGCCAACCCGAAUGAAAGUUGCCUCUUUUCUUUUAAAGUGUAAACAUGUUGUAUAAGCUUUAAAACUAUGCAGACAGGGGUAGGUUAAUAUUUGUUCUGCUUUUGAAAAGUUGCCUGUAUGUAGUUGUGUGGCUCCUAAACGCAAGUCUUGUCGUUUUGACAGACGUGAUUGAGCUUUUAUUUUGAAGAGCAGCCUGUCAGCACGAAGGGCGGAUGCUGCUGGGAGUUUGGAGCUCGACAGAGAGGGAGCGGGUCCGCUGGGGAAGCUGUAGAUCAUCGGCUGGGCUCUUCUCUGCUGAUCUCUCACUGUCUUCGCAGUUUGGCCGUGUCAACUCCGGGAUAUGUCCGCUCGGCUCCCAUGCGCGUGUGGAUUUAAGUCAACCUGAAAUAUGAACAGAAGAAGAAAAUAAGGAGAGGAGGCUGAUUUCCUGUGGGAAUCUAGGGAAUCUUCUCAAGUUUUUUUUUUUUUUUUUUUUUAACCCGAGGACAUGUCUACUCUAUGAAGCAAAACAGUGAGGGACUAGCUGGUCGACACCCCGGCUAGCGCAACAUUUUCAGCCUUUUCAGAUGAUUGUUCAGCUGAGGAGUUAAUUUAUUUUGGACCUACUUGGAGUAAAAAAAAAAAAAAAGAAGUCAGCAUGGGUGAGCCCAGCCUGGAUGACUCCAAUGUCAAGGUGGCUGUGCGGGUCCGGCCCAUGAACAGGAGAGAAAAGGAGCUAAACACAAAAUGUGUUGUGGAAAUGGCGAAGAACCAGACAAUCCUCCAUCCUGCUGGAGCCAACUUAGGAAAAGCAGACACUCGGAAUCAGUCCAAGGUUUUUGCCUAUGAUUAUUGCUUCUGGUCCAUGGAUGAAACGGAUAAGGAAAAAUUUGCAGGUCAGGAGGUGGUUUUCCAGUGCCUUGGGGAAAGUCUUCUCCACAACGCCUUCCAGGGCUACAACGCCUGUAUAUUUGCCUAUGGACAAACUGGGUCAGGGAAGUCGUACACCAUGAUGGGCUCAGGUGACCAGCCCGGGCUGAUUCCUCGACUCUGCAGCGCUUUGUUUGAGCGAACCAAGGAGGAGCAGCAGGAGGAGGAGAGCUUUACCGUAGAGGUGUCCUACAUGGAGAUCUACAAUGAGAAGGUCCGAGAUCUGCUCGACCCGAAGGGGGGCCGACAGACGCUGAGGGUGAGGGAGCACAAAGUUUUGGGUCCCUACGUCGACGGCCUGUCACGCCUAGCCGUAGCUAGCUACAAGGACAUCGAGUCUCUGAUGUCAGAGGGGAAUAAAUCUCGGACGGUCGCUGCCACAAACAUGAACGAGGAGAGCAGUCGAUCGCACGCUGUCUUCAACAUCAUCCUCACACACACACUCAAGGACCUGAAGUCUGGGACGAGUGGGGAGAAGGUGAGUCGUUUAAGUCUGGUUGACCUGGCUGGAAGUGAACGUGCAGCAAAAACUGGAGCAGCAGGAGAGCGACUGAAGGAGGGAAGCAACAUCAACAAGUCCCUUACUACACUUGGUCUGGUCAUUUCUGCUCUAGCUGAACAGGGAACGGCCAAGAACAAGACCAAGUUCGUUCCCUACAGAGACUCUGUUCUGACUUGGCUGCUGAAGGACUGCCUGGGAGGCAACAGUCGCACAGCCAUGGUGGCAACGGUGAGCCCGGCAGCGGACAACUACGAGGAAACCCUGUCGACGCUGCGCUACGCCGACCGAGCCAAGAACAUCGUUAACCACGCUGUCGUCAAUGAAGACCCCAACGCACGCAUCAUCAGGGAGCUACGGGAAGAAGUGGAGAAACUGCGAGUGCAGCUCACUCAGGCCGAGUCGAUGAAAGCUCCGGAGUUGAAAGAGCGCCUGGAAGAGUCCGAGAAGUUGAUCCAAGAGAUGACCUACACCUGGGAGGAGAAGCUCCGAAAAACCGAGGAGAUCGCACAAGAACGUCAGAAGCAGUUGGAGAGUCUGGGGAUUUCCCUUCAGUCUUCAGGGAUCAAAGUUGGAGAUGAUAAAAGUUUUCUUGUCAACCUGAACGCAGAUCCCGCCCUCAAUGAGCUGCUGGUGUACUACCUGAAGGAACACACGCGGGUGGGCUCAGCAGACUCCCAGGACAUCCAGCUGUGUGGGAUGGGAAUCCAGGCAGAGCACUGCGUCAUCAACAUUACAGCGGAGACCGCCGUCAUCCUCACCCCUCACCCCAACGCUCGGACGUGUGUUAAUGGUUCUCCAGUAACCAGUGCUCUGCAACUUCACCACGGUGACCGAAUCCUCUGGGGAAACAACCACUUCUUCAGAAUCAAUCUGGCGAAGCGGCGUUUGCGGCCAGCAGAGGAAGAGGAGGGCGAAGGCGGCGUGUUGAAGAACAGUGGCAGCAGUGAGCAGCUGGAUGCCGACGGCGACACGGCCAGCGAGGUCUCCAGCGAGGUCAGCUUCUCCUACGAGUUCGCUCAGACAGAGGUCAUGAUGAAGGCCCUGGGCAGCAACGAUCCCAUGCAGGCGGUCCUCCAGUCUCUGGAGAGGCAACACGAGGAAGAGAAGCGAUCGGCUCUGGAGCGACAGAGGCAGAUGUACGAGCAGGAACUCCAGCAGCUCCGCAAGAAGCUCAACCCAGACCGCCUGUCCACUGGCCAGCCCGGAGGACAGACGUCUGUCCAGCCAGGGCAGGGACAGCAGUCUCACUACCGCAGCCUGGAGCGGCUCAGUGUGGGAGGGAUGAGCCACUCUACCAGCGCUCAGAGCAGACUGAGGCAGUGGAGUGAGGACAGGGAGGUGGUUUUGGUGAGGAGUCUCCGGAGGCUCAGGGAGCAAAUAGUGAGAGCAAACCUCCUGGUGCAGGAAGCGUGUUUCAUCUCCGACGAGCUGGAGCGCCACACCGAGUACAGAGUCACCCUGCAAAUCCCAUCAGACAACCUCAACGCAAACCGCAAGCGGGACGCAGUGCUCAGCGAACCGGCCAUUCAGGUGCGACGGCGGUGCCGAGGCAAACAGAUCUGGAGUUUGGAGAAGAUGGAGAACCGUCUGGUGGACAUGAGGGAGCUCUACCAGGAGUGGCAGGACUAUCAUGUCCAUCACCAAGACGACCCAGUAAUGCGUUCAUACUUCCGCCGAGCCGACCCGUUCUUCGAUGAGCAGGAGAAUCACAGUCUGAUCGGCGUCGCCAACGUUUUCCUUUCCUGUCUGUUCUACGACGUGAAGCUGCAGUACGCCGUUCCCAUCAUCAACCAAAAGGGAGAGGUCGCAGGACGCUUGCAUGUGGAGGUCAUGAGAGUGGGAGGGGGCUUGGAGGACAACAUGGCAGGAGGAGAUGAACCUGACAACAACCAGGACUCUGAAUUUGAGGAUCGCAAACUGGUCUGCUCGAUAAAGAUCCUGCAAGCCACCGGUCUGCCGCAGCACCUGUCCAACUUCGUCUUCUGUCAGUAUUCGUUCUGGGAUCAGGCUGAGCCCACCAUCGUGGCCCCUGAGGUUGACCCGUCUUCCUCAUCGCCCAACUCAAAGGACCCGCACUGCAUGGUUGUGUUUGACAGCUGCAAGGAGGUGGCGGUGUCGGUAACAGAGGAUUUCAUCGAGUAUCUGACUGAAGGAGCUGUUGCCAUCGAGGUGUUUGGACACAAGCAGUCUGAUGCAGGAAGAAACCCGGCCCUGUGGGACCUCAGCAUCAUCCAGGCCAAAACUCGGACGCUACGAGACAGGUGGAGCGAGGUCACACGUCGCCUGGAACUGUGGAUUCAGAUCCUGGAAAUAAACGAAAAUGGGGACUUUGUUCCAGUGGAAGUAGUUCCAGCCAGAGACGUGAGCACAGGGGGAAUCUUCCAGCUUCGACAGGGCCAGUCGAGGCGAAUCCAGGUGGACGUGCGCUCGGUUCAGGACUCGGGCACGAUGCCGCUGAUAGCAGAGAUCGUGCUGGCCGUGUCGGUGGGCUGCGUGGAGAUCAGGACCAGCACAGCGAACCAGGAAGGGGACGAGAUGGACAGCUACCAGGAUAGAGAUCUGGAACGUUUGCGGCGGCAGUGGUUGGCUGCGCUCACCAAGAGACAGGAAUACCUGGACCAACACCUGCAGAGCCUGGUUAGCAAAGCAGAAAAGACAGAGGAUGACAUGGAGAGGGAGGCGCAGCUGCUGGAGUGGAGGUUGACUCUCACUGAGGAGAGAAACGCCGUCAUGGUGCCCUCUGCUGGCAGCGGCAUUCCUGGCGCUCCUGCAGAGUGGGCGCCUCUACCAGGGAUGGAAACGCACAUUCCAGUCCUCUUCUUGGACCUUAAACCCGACGACCUCAGCUCCCACGAGCAAUUUGAAGUGCCUGAAGCCGGAGGCUGGGACGCCAUGUUGACCGGAGAAGACGAGGACGACUUCUUCGACCUGCAGAUUGUCAAACAUUACGAUGGAGAGGUGAAAGCUGAGGCGUCGUGGGACUCCACCGUCCAUGAGUGUCCCCAGCUGAGUCGCGGCGGGUCGUGGCCGGAGCAGCGCGUCUACCUGACGGUGCGGGCGGUGGUCCAGCUCAGCCACCCCGCCGACAUGCAGCUGGUGCUGAGGAAGAGGAUCUGCGUCAAUGUCAACCCGGGUCGCCAGGGUUUCGCCCACAAUUUCCUCAGGAGGAUGUCGACCCGCAGCACCAUACCUGGCUGCGGCGUCACCUUCGAGGUGGUUUCCAACAUUCCUGGGGAUGCUCCAGGUUCAGAGGACAGGGAGAUGCUAGCCCGGAUGGCAGCGAGCGCACACAACAGCCAAUCGGGAGAUGACGAGGCCGCCAUUGAGAAAUACCUCCGCAGCGUGAUGAGCCUGGAGAACAUCCUGACCCUGGACAGACUCAGACAGGAAGUAGCAGUGAAGGAGCAGCUGACUGGCAAGGGGAGGAGUAGCAGGAGGAGUCUGAGCUCUCCGUCUGUUCACAGGCUCUCUGGAAGUAGGCAGGACCUGUCCACGUCUUGCCUGUUGGAUGAUAAGGGUCGAUGGGAAAGUCAGCAGGAUAUCUUCAUGCCCUCUUACCGCACCCUCCCUCGCCCGGCUUCAUCCCCGUCUACCUACUCUACCUCCCCCUCUUCAUCCUCCAUGCCCUUCAAUAUGACCCCCCCACAGAACCAGGAACCAGAGCAAGGUCGUUUAGGACUUGCUGCCUCUUAUCUUUCAGUUAAGGCCCUGGUUCCUCAGAUGCCCAAACUGCUCAAGUCUCUGUUUCCUGCUCGGGACGACAAGAAGGAGCUCAGACCUUCGCCACACGGCCAGCAGCAGCAUGUGCCUCGCAUCGUUGCGUCAACGGGAGGGGACGACAGCAGAGGCAAGCCUGAGACGGCUGCUGCCCCACGACUUGCUGCCAAAGACCGAAGGGCCGAGUUUCCGGACGUCCCUCCUCUUCCUGUGCAUGACCCGCAUGACACCACCCCUUUAAGCCCCCUCAGCCAAUCGUCGAGCGGCUAUUUCUCCGCUAGUGUUUCCACGGUUACCCUGUCCGACGUCCUCCAACCCUCCUCCUCGUCUUCGUCCCUCCUGGGCGCCGACGUGGCGUCACCCUCAAACCCCCAGCAGCAGCAGCAGGGCGCUGACAGGAACGAUGUUGUGACCUCUCCCCCCCAGUGUGGCGCCAAGAUGACUGUCGUAGCGUCCAAUCACAACAACAGCGUCCCGACAGAGCUCUCCUUCUCCGACCAGAAGCUAGUUGAAGGCUUUGAGCGGCUGGAGAUCUUUGUGGACGACGGCGACGGCCGCGGUCAUGACGACAUGCCGCCUGACUGGCUGACGGAGGGCGAGUACGUCACCGUAGGAAGCAACAAGGCCGGAACUGUGCGCUACGUGGGGACGACGCAGUUCGCAGACGGAGUGUGGGUGGGCGUGGAGCUGGACACCCCAGUAGGUAAGAAUGACGGGUCAGUCGGAGGCCACCGAUACUUCCUCUGCAAACCAGGCUAUGGGGUGCUGGUCCGCCCAGACCGGCUGUCGCGCUGCGACCGAGCCGCUCGGCGAACCACGGACUUCGCUCUGCCGGCCCACGUCCCCGUCCUGCGAGGGGAAGCCACUGUAGCUCGCAGAGGAGAGAACCGCAAGUCCUGGAGCAACUGAGAUGGGAGAGAGACAAACUCCCCACAGUGCAUCUGCUCUUCCUUGACUCCUAAAAACACAUCAGGCUCUGUCUACUUCCUGGUAACACGUUGCUGGAAGCUCCACAUAUGCAACUUCAAGUCAAAGAAAAAACCAGAUCAGAGAGUGAAGAGCCUGUGUAGGAGAAUGACUAUUCAGUCCAAUGAAGUUACCACACAGGAGAAAUGAUGCCUUCUGUGGGAAGCUGGUGGCUAGUACGCUGAGAGCCAACGGGAGCCGAAGUGUCCAUUCAGAGAUCCUAUGAGUCGAUACGCAGCAGUGCAAACUCGUCACUUCUUUUUAAAACACUGUGUAAAAAAUAAUCAGAUCCAUACUGAAAAAGAUGGAACUUAUAGGAUUAUUUUGGUUUGUUUUAUAUAUAAAUAAGGAAAUGGAUGAAAAAACACUUUGAAAGAUUUUUGACGAGAAAUGUUUGCGUCCCUGCAUAUCGACUUCCCUCCGGAGUUCCCGAACACACCACGACCACGACUGCCGCCCUCCUGAACUGAGCCUCGUCGCUCCCUUCCUGGACUUUUUUUUUUCUUCUUUAAAGUAUCCAGAACGUGCCUUUCGCCAUGGUCUGGUUUGUGUUUGCUUUCUGUGUUUUGUCUUACUUGCGUUCCGUUUGCCGUGUCAUGUGUUGGCGAGAAAGCCUUGUGCAAAGUGUGAGGUGAUCUCAGGGACUGAAGAGGGGGUGGGCCUUUGUGUGUGUAUGUGUGUGUGUUUGUGAAACGUAGUGUACGUAAAAUAUAUUGUGUCAAAAGAUGAAGCCGUGUGGAAAAAGCCACUAGAGGUUGAUUUUUUUUUCUUUUGCACUGGACACGUUGGAGGGAAAAGCUUCUGUACGUGAGCAUGGAGAGUGUCGGAGAUUUCCCAUGAUGGCUACUGUCGUUUUAAAGCACGUGUCGACGGAAAGACAAAAGAGGAUGUGUUUAGUACGAGUUGGGAGAGUUUCUGCUUGAGAAAAAGCUGAUUUUAUUCUAUGCAUGUGAUUUUAAAAAAAAUCGAACACAAAUGGGAAAAUGAGAGUAUUUGGGAGAGCGUCUGCAUGUUUUUACAUUCCAGACACACCUGGUGAAGAAAACUCAAUGUUGGGAGGUUUUAAAUUAGUUUUUAUGAUUUCAUGAAACAUUCCAGAGGCAUUUUAACCUGAACAUUGACCUAUAGAGAUGUUUCCAAGAUAUUUUUUAGGACUCUACUAGAUGGCAUCCAUUUGCUGUGCAGCUAGAUAAAGAGCAACUCCCUUUAAACCAAGCGUUUCUUCUCUACUGAGGUCAGAGGGCAACACAUAAAGCAUUGGAGCGUUGUUGUCACCAAGAGGGGGCUGAUGGGAUGAGUUGAUAUAAAGAUGGAAGAGGAAUGUUUUAUCUGUCCUGGGACGUUUUGUUACUACAGCUGCCGGCUAUGUUCCUGCUGAUGACGGCUGGGGUUACGAUUCUGGACGCGUAGUAUAUUCUCACUGUCUGUUCCUGUGGUGAUCACUGCCAGUCAGAGUUUUAUAUACACACUUCAUCAGUGCAAAUUUCAUUUUAUGCUGGACUUGAAGUGAAGCAUUUAAUUAUUUUUCCAUGGCAGAACAACUUCAAUGAAUUUGGCCCCAUUUGUAGACAAACAUCGUACCUCGUGUUAUUGUUUACCUCCAGAAAUUUUGAGCAUGCGCCCGAUGCUGGAGGGCAAAAAGAUGAUUCUCUAUGGCAUCCAUAAGGAAUCCAAAAGAUGCUCUUUAUGAUGUAGAGCAGUUUCAUGUACAAAAUAAAACCUAUGAUUAAUUUGGUGCAGUGUGACACAACUAAAGGAAAAAUGAUGCAGAAAAAAUGUUGAACUAUAACCCAAAACCACUUGUAUUCUUUUUUCCUCGCUCUAUGAUUUAUGAGGAUUCAACCCCAAAAAAACAUGCAAACAUUUCCCACACAAAGAACAGAACCUUAAGUCUGUUAGUACAGUUUUAUGUUUCCAAGUUUGAUAUUUAUUUUGUGAUUAUUAAUAGGAAAUCGUCUGAAAACAGAGAUGGUUGACUAGCUAAUUUAAACACCUGCUGUAAUGAUGUGAUGACCUGUCUGAGAUCAUCACAUCCCCCUUUUUUCUUUAACUGAGCGAAACACACCAAAUUCUGCAGCCCAUCUACAUGUAAAGGUUGUCAAAGUCAAGCUAGCAUAACUGACCUUUCAAUUAAAACCUUUUUCUGACCUUUAAGAUAUGAUACUUUAUCUAGUUGUCGUACUGUUGACAAUUGGCAUCAAAACAUUGCAUCCAUUUUUCUUUUGUGUCAUUUGUACAUUUAAGAUUUAGCGCGGUACGUUGAGAACUUGACAGCUAAAACCAAUGGUAGCCAUCGUCAAUGAGCAGGAUUUUCUUGGAAUCUUAUGCUUGUGAAACCAUAACUAUUAUUUGAUUUAAUUCCAGCUGGAUAUUUCAUCACUGCUGUUUAUCAGAAAUAAUAGAACUAAUUUGUUUAAGUUAUGCAGUUAAGAAGUUUCUCUAGCAUUGACAUUUGGGGCCAUUCCAGAAGUUUGAUAUUCUGCGUAGUCUACGUAUCAACCAUCCAGCAUCAUCAUUCAACUGUGUUUUACAUCAUUGAUGCAAAACAUGUAAAUGCAUCAUUAAACCCCUCAGUUCAAAAUGAUCUCCAUGCUGAUGAAUAGUGCAUGUAAAUAUGUGACUAGCUCUGCACACUCAGGACUCUAAGAAUCUCUGACAUUGAUGGUGUGCAGAUGUUUUGUAAGUUAUCAGUUAUACUGUGUGUGUAUAGACCCCUGUCCCUCAGGAGUCCAUUGGGGUUUCAUCUGUUUUAUAAUUGCGUGUUCUUUACUUGAGAGGUAAGCAAUAAGUAUUUAUAUCGGGGUUGCUUGUACACUUGCUUUUAUCACAUGGGAGCUGAUGAAGUUGUUUUAUUGGAAUGAUUAUUGCACAAUGAUUUAAUGAGAAUUGCUGCUAUGAGCUUUGUAAAUAGACUUGUAAAUGAAUCAAUUGAUUUUUGUUUUUCUCCUUGCUGUGCGCUUAAGUGGAUUUUAAUUGUUUUGAAAAAGCUAAGGGGUGGUGCUUUGGGUGGUUCGUAUUCUUUAGGUAAUGUUGAGGCACUUUGUCUUGUGAGCAGGGAAGUGAAGGUGGUGAGGACCAGCACACCUGUGUCCUUAUAAGGAAAGAGACAUUUUUAAUGUUGAAUCUGCAACAAUGUUGGAAUCUAGUUUGCCACCAGACUUGAGUUUAUUAUGUGUGCAUUUUAGUCGUGAGCCAGUUACCAUUAACGAGGUACAGAAAUGUUUUGAACACUUAUGGUUUUGAGAGCGAAUCGGGUGUUUUUCUGUUUGGUUUAAUGUCCUCCUAGUGAGAUACUGGAAAAUGAACGGGCAAUAACUACUGGAGUUUUUGAUUAACGCAUAACUACGCUUCUCCACUUUCUCCCUAUAUCACUUAUGAGUAAUAUCAGAGCCCUGAACACCGUACACAAACAGGAACAAGAUGAAAAUAGACAUCGCUUGUUAAUAUCAACCCAGUUUUACUUAUUUUAUCUGUUAAAAAAGGACUAACAUUGGCCAACACCAAUGUUGAUGUCGAUAUAUUGUUCAUCCCUCAUGCAAACGUUAAGCUGUUUGGAAAGAUGGUUAUAACAAAUGUGGAUAAUCGUGUGGAGCCUGAAGAAGUAAUACUUAUCACUUUUAUUUAUGAAACACUUUAAGACUACAGUUAGCAAGCUACCAGCAGCUGCCUUAGCAGAUAGCCCAACUAAAAAGGCUAAUAUUACCUUUAGCUUCUAAUAAAUAGUUCUCAUGUGACAUCACACUUUCGGGAACUUUGUAACUGACAGCCAUCUUGGUAGGUAUGCAUAGCUAACUGUCAUAACAGGUGCUAUGGAGUUGCUAUGGCAACAAUAAACAAGCCACAAGCCUAGAACUAGCUCUCACCUCAUUCCUAUCUAACUUAUAAACACUAUAAGUACAAUACAACUAUUAAGCCAUACAUUUUUUCUCCAUAGACUUUCUUUUGUUGGGCUCAAAGCCAUGGUUAAUCAAUGCUUGGCUACCAAGAUGGCGGUUCAGUGGUGCAGAUCCCUUCCAGUUCAGACUUGUCUGAACUAUAUAUACUCCAAGUAUUACUUUGGACUAAAGUGAUAGAAAAGCAAUAAUAUUCUGCACAACAAGCAUUUGAAAAACUACUAGCUAGUUUUAACUCUGUCAAAAAUAAUAAGUUACAACUAACAGUACUACUGUUGUAACUAGUGCUUUGAAGUUUUUUUUAAUGUUAAUACCACAAUAUGGCACACUUUUAUUUCUAACUGUAUCACACAAGACUGUGGACAGGCCCAUGACUAAAGCAGCUGUUGUUUAGCCUGAUGUAUUGGAGUUCUCUGAUUGGUCGGGAGAUUUGACUGUUUUGUAACUUUCUGGUUCUAACAGGUGGUUCUGAAGGAAAGGCAGUAAGUUUUCUGAUGUGUGUGUGUGUGUGUGUGUGUGUGUAGUGUGUGAAGGAAUGUUGUGUAGCUCCGCUCUGAUGGAAAACGAUCACCAGCUGCUUCCUGCGAGGCUGCUGGUCCUUCCUUUUCCAGUCCGGCCUCAGAGAUGGUUGCCGUGGGGACGGAAAAGGGGCUGGUGGGGGGAGGGGCUGAGAUCACUUCAGACUUCUGGUUGUUUGUUUUUGUUGCUGUGCCUCAGAAACCACGUUUCUUUCACAGGUCGUGUUAUAUUGACUACACUUUGCACAGAGGGGAGAAAAAUGUGCAGCUCUUGGAUGGAAACGACACACCUGUUUGGGAUUUUUGUUUUUCUGUUCAGUGUUCUCGAGCUACGAGCUCCUCUAUUUAAGUAAAAAAAAAAAGAACACUUUACACUUCAUGUUCUUGUUUUACCUAAAAGCAGAGCUAAGCUCAGCUACAACAAACAGUCCUCUGUA